GGCAAACAUCCGCGCCAUUCAAAACUUCCGGAAGUGUUUUAUGAACUUAAGAAUUUAAAUAUGCAAACAUUUUCCAUGAUAACAAGGCAUUCAGGUUUUCAAAUAAAUGGCAAAGGCGAGUGAAGACAGGUUUCGUUGCAGCUUUAACCUUUAAAAAAAGUGAGCAGAGAUGAGUUCAAAAUCUAAAGGAAAAGGCAGUUCCUGUAAGGAAUGUGUGUUCUGUGACAGCAGUACAAAUGAUAAAAAUAUGUACGGAAAACUUCUCACACGGGCCGGACUUACAGCGCACUACUUUUGCAUGCUGUUUGCAAGUGGGCUCAGCCAAAACGGGAAGUCAGAAAAGCAAGGAGUUCUUGGAUUUCUCCCUGAAGACAUCCGGAAGGAGCUAAAGAGGGCUUCAAGGCUGCGCUGCAGCUACUGCAAGAAGGUGGGAGCCACUAUUGGCUGUGUGGUGAAAAACUGCAAGAAAAUGUUCCACCUUGGAUGCGGGAAGGAAAACCACACCCUCCACCAGUUCUAUGACACAUUCAGGUCAUACUGCCCCGCCCAUCGGCCGAUGCAGGAUGUAGCCAGUGACCCUGACCCUAACAUCACAUGCUCUAUCUGUAUGAACACUGUGCCUGGAAUCGUGGGAUACAAAACCCUGCAGGCUCCCUGCUGUAAGAAAUAUUGGUACCACAGGGACUGUAUACAGCAAUAUGCAACAUCUGCGGGCCUGUAUUUCUUCAAGUGCCCGAUGUGUAACAACAAGGAUGACUUCCAGGCCCUCAUGCUGGAGUUUGGCAUCUACAUACCAGAUCAGGAUGCAUCAUGGGAGACCGAGCCCCAGGCCUUUCAAGAGCUACUGGAGAGAUAUGACCGCUGUGAUGCCAAGACAUGCAGGUGUGCAGAGGGACGCAAAUAUGACAAGGAAGACACAAAAUGGGAGAUAAUCCUGUGCGAGUUUUGUGGUUCCUCAGGCAGUCACAUUGCUUGCAGCUACCUGUUGAAGCUUGGCAAGAGAAAUGUCUGUCCUGAUUGCUUCGAGCUGGACAAAAAGUGCAAGGAAAACGAGGUUGGUGUAAAUUCACCCGCAAAAUCGCCCCAAGAGAUGCCCCAGCUGGACCCUGUGGAGUCCCCCAUGUCCCCCAAAACCAGCCCCUAUCCCGGGCCUUCAGGGAGCAUGAACAAGAAACGACUGCCCUCAAAAGUCUCUUCCUCGCCCAGGAUUAGCCUGGAAAAACAUUUUUCUUCACCCAAGUCUGCUCCAAAUUCUAGGAAAAAACGGCAAGCGGAUGAGGAAAUGAGAAGCCCGCCAAAACUAAAACGAGUGAAGUCCAUUGCAGGGAGAAGAAAGCUGGCUAAAUCUGCCACGUGUAAGAAUGCUUCUUCAAGUCCCUCAUCCAGCGAAGGAGAGCUGCCGCCUGCUUGGCAGAAGAUAGAGGAAGCAAGACAAGUAGAAAAAGAGCGCAAACGAAAGAAAAAAUACACAGGAGGUGCUGGUCAAAGGAGAAAGUCUGUCAAUGUUGUCAUGAAUAAAAAGGGCUUAAAUUCAGACAGUGAAGAUGAGCCAUUGUCAGUACUUUUGUCCAAAAAGAAAGGAGCUGAUAGGAGAAAAACUGUGUGUGGAGUUGAAUUACAGAGGGAAAACACAGUUGCAACAAACAAGAAGAGAAUGUCAUUGACCAAUGGGUCUGAAUUAAAACAGGAGCAUAAAAAGAGAAAGUAUACCAAAAUGAAGAGACCUUCACUGGACAAAGCUCAAACAGUUUUGACACACUGGUUUCCAAAGUCAAACGCUAAUAGAGCAAAUGACAAUGUAAAAGCUGAUACAAACACAGUGAAAGUUCCCUCUGAGAAGAAAAAGGCUAAAAUGCCCAUGGUGAUUGAAUGGAAGGGGAAACAGUUGUUGAUUUACUCGCCCAGAGUUGUACUGAAAAGGAGCAAAGGACUUGGUGUAAUGAAACCAAGGAAUUUAGAAAUAGAUAUGAAUGACAGGAAGGGUGGUGUCGACUUGACCAAAGGGAUUGACAUGCUUAGCACUAUUGAUAUGAAUGUUAGGUUAACCAGAAACAUGCUGGACAUGGACAAUGAAAUGGUAGAUCUCUCAACAGAUGAACUGAAAGAGCAACCAGGAACAGAAAAGCCAGAAGAAGAAUUAAUGGAUUCCUCAGCAAAUGUUACGAAGGAAAUGCCUCCUAUAAAGAGACCGAAAUUUCUUGAAAUAGAUAUGAAGGACGGGGGAUGGAGCAAGGAGAUGGAAGUUAUCGCCACCCUAGCGACUGAUCAAAGAAUUACAAGACAGAUGUUAGACUCUGAUGUGUCUUCGCCACUCAAGAAAAUUAGUGCCAGUGAUGCAUACUGCGAUGACUCCCCAAAACCUCUGUUUGCAAAAAAGAGAAAAGCAGAGUUACAGACAAAGGCUGCUGAGAGAAAACAUUUGCUUGAAAAGGGCGCAGAUCAAACUUCACAUGCUGCUGAGAGUAAACGUUUUCUUGAAAAGCGUGCAGACCAAACUUCACGGGCUGCUCAAAGGAAGCUUUUGCUUGGAAAGGGCACAGACCAAGUUUUGAAUGGUUUUAAGCAAAAGAAGAGAAGCAGACAAAACAGGAUGUCCAAUUCUAAUGCUACACCUGGCAAAGGUGAAUUGAAAUAUUCAGUUUUAAGGGAGCAAUUAACAGCAAAGAUUGAUACUCGUGAAGUUAGCUUGCCAUCCACCAACAGCAAAGGCACUCAAUGCCAAGAAAACAGUUUUGUUGUUACGCCUCUAAAAAUGAAGUCAAAGGAAGCAAACAUGAAAGGGUUCGAUGACAUGAGACAAGUAAGGGAGCUCACACCUACUUCUAAAAAGUCCAAUUCUUUUCCAUUUCCUAGCAUAAAUAAUCUGAGCAACAAUGAUGGAAUUGAUAGGUCCCUUAAAGGUCCUAUUAAUCUAAAUGAGACAUACAUUGUGCACCCAGAAAUGAAUGCGUUGCAAGAUUCACCAGCGAAAAAUCUAAGGGUGAGAAAAGCUCAGGAAUCAUUACAAAAGACUGUCAUUGGUAACAUACCUGGAGAAACAAGCACUCAGAAGAAGACAGUGGCUGAAACAAGUUCUACAAGAACAUUGAACUCUGAAUCGCCAAAAAAAAGAAUUUUUAAAAAUGCAGAAUUUAAUCCAGACAUUGACUCAUCUCCAGCUAAAAACCUGCGGAGGAGAUCCACCACAUGCAAAAUGUCAAUUAAUAACAUUGAUAAACAAAGCUCUCAUGAAGGAGACUCUUGGUCUAACACAGAGAAAAACUCGACCCAAUCCAAGUCAAAACCACAGUAUGAUGUUCGUUGGUAUUUUGAAGGUACACGCCAGAUUGGUAAAGAUGCCACUAAUAAGCAAUGUGAGAACACCUGUCCCAUCACAAACACUUCCCCCUCACCCUGUCCUGUCACAGACACUUCCCCGGGGCCUGGAACCUCUAAAGCUAAAAGUUUAGCUUUAAAACUAUCAACAGUGCCAAACAUAAUGAUAACAGUUGAGAAAGAAAAACGACACAUUGUACCGUACACAAGCCUGCAGCUAAUCCCAGAGUCUGAGACUGGAGUCUCUAGUGGGGUCACCUCUUCUGAUAAGAACUUGAGUCCGUUUUAUUUAACCAAGUCUCAAUACCCUCAUCCUAGAAAUGCUGGUGUGAUGGAUAUUCGACCCUCAGUGCCAUCAACGCGAAAAAAUGCCAUUGACUUUUCUGAUCUUCGUGAUAAUGAGCCACUUACUGGACCCAAAAGUAUAAGGGCUCUCAAUGAUAUGAGGGACAAGUACAUGCAAUGUCUUUCCCCGGAACACUUCAAUCUUAACGUUGAUGUGAACACCCUGGAUUUAGUGAAUAAGGGAUCGGAGUUGGACACAGAUCUGAUGGCAGAAUACUAUGUGUCAGAUCACUCUAAUGGUUAAGGUGCAUAGGAUCUGAAUCAUAUUGAUUUGUUAUUAUUCCUCAUUUAAAAAUAAAGUUUAGAGGGCAAUAGAUUUUGCAUUGUUGGCUGGGGAUUUAUUUCUAUGAAACUACUAUUAAAGCUGCACUCUCACAGAUAUACAAUUUUUACAACUUUUUUUUAUUUUUUGUCUUGGAAAGAGCAAAUUUUUGCGUAAAUAUCUGCAAACCAAUGGUAUAAGAUUGCUGACAAAAAAUAAGAUCAUAGAUUUUCAUAUUUCCGUUCAAAAAUUAAUGUUUUAUGGCUUAAACCGUUACUAACGUUACAUUGGUUUAAGAAAAAUGCAUAAAACAUCAAUUUUUGAACUAAAAUAUAAAGAUCUGCCAUCUAAUUUUUGUCAACAGUCUAAUAUAAUUGGUUUCCAAAGAUUUGCGCAAAAAUCGGCUCAAUCCAAGACAAAAAAUAAAAAAGUUGUCAAAACAUUUAAUCUGUGAGAGUGCAGCUUUAAAGAGAAAUUAAUCAAAACUUAUGUCAUAUGUGUAAAACCAUAUUGCUAUUGUGCACGCACAAGAUUGUUCUAGAUGAGAUCAGUAACCGUUAUUGCUCUUCUAUAUGAAUCAUUAUACUUGGAAUUUAUCCUUUAGUAGUGAUAACAAUAUUUUUGCACAAUAUGAUUUUAUAUUGUUGUUCAUUACAAAUUUGAGCUCACAACAAAUCUCUAAAUUGAGUAGAUAUUUUUUUCAAUAAAGUUUCUCUUUUGAGGAGUUUUGUUUAAAUAAUUCUUCAACAAUUCCUACACUGGGGAUAUCAAUUGUCAAAUUUGCUUGUUUUGAUUUGCAAGUGUUAACAUGUACAAGCAUUGUUAAACAUUUGUCUGAAUGAUUGCUAGAUGCAUCCAAUAUAGGAUGCAAACUCUGACCCGAGAUGCUGUGUUCAACUGCUUAUUACUGAUUUUAAUGGUAUUGUGUUACAUGGGUCAUUUUAUUUUUGUUUGUUCUUUACAUUAGGCCUUUUGUUCUAGAUUAAAAUUGGAAAUAAUUAUAGAUUUUUAAGUUUCUGUAAGAACAUGUUUUAAAGCUAUGUUUAUUAAUUUUGGAGGCAUAGCUGUAAUAAUGUUUCAUAAAUUUAUUUUUUAAAUCCUACUGAGUUUCCUAAUUUGGGUCACAAUUUGGUACAACCAGUGUUUAUUAUUUUGUUUGAUGUUGUUAAAUAGUGUAAUUAUUGGGCAUUUUGCAUGAUAUAUAUAUUAUGUUAAUUUGACACCAUUAUGUUAACUGUUUAUAACUUUAUAUUUCAAAUAGGUUUUUUCAGGGAAGGCUUAGAAAUUAUAUACACUUAUCAAAUAAAAAUGCUACUCAAUGUUAUUGUUUUAGGCUAGUUCACAGGGGCUUAUCCGACCAAAUUACAUUUCGAUGAUUGGAAUAUACAUGUAUUCGAAAUAUGCCAUUUUGCAUGAAGUUAAGGUAAUUUAUGCCACACUCAACUAGAAACACAAUGCCACACUCAACUAGAAACACAACGCCACUCUCAACUAGAAACACAACGCCACACUCAACUACAAAUACAACGCCACUCAACUAGAAACACAACGCCACUCUCAACUACAAACACAACGCCACACUCAACUAGAAACACAACGCCAUUCUCAAUUAGAAACACAACGCCACACUCAACUAGAAACACAACGCCACUCUCAACUAGAAACACAACGCCACACUCAACUAGAAACACAACGCCACUCUCAACUACAAACACAACGCCACUCUCAACUACAAACACAACGCCACUCUCAUAUAAAAGUUUUUGUGUCGUAUGAAAAGGACACACCGGUGCUAAUGUUAGCGUCGGCUGCAGCAGCAAACCUGUGUGCAUAUUUUAAUAUGCAUUAUCCAAUAGUGAUGAAACUUGGUGACAGCGUUCGUGGGCUUUUCUAGAUCAAAUUUAAUCAUGGGGUAAAUCGCACCGAGUUAUGCCCCUUUUACGUUAAAAAUAGUUUAUAGAAUUGUGCAAAUAAAACUUCAGAAAUUACCAUCCAACCAUGAUGAAAUGUUAUGACUGUAUUUGUGAACUAAAUGUCUCGGUCACAUUUCAUCGUGUGAUAAAUCGACUCCAAACAGGCACUCAUCCAAUGUCGCGUAAUUUUAGUCGUCCAUAUUGUGCGAAAGCAUAAUGUUCUAAGAAUUGGAACAAUAUUGUUAAAGUAUAGAGAGUGUCAUGCUUAUAAAAAAUAUAUAUAUAGUUAGUCAUAGAUGUCGUCAUCGUGCAAGAACUGAGCAAUGUAAACACUUUAUUAUUAAGACAAUACGCAUAGUUACAGAUGUAUUAUAAGGUCCAUAACUCUGGCUUAAGCAUUUGCUGGGUCAUGCCUCUUAAUAGACCGGAAACGGACGAACCUUGGCAUUCACCUGUGAGGUGUUGACCUGGUGUCAUGCAUUUGCAUAAUAUUUCCAGUUCUGGGAUGUUAAAAUAAACACAAGACGAUAGUUGGCGAGGAAAGCCUCAAUCUCUUGAAAUGUCGAAAGUCUUGUAUAUUGCAUACAUUGAAGUAGUUCGUGUCUGGAUUAUCAGCCAAUUUGGGAGAUAAAAUACACGGCACGAUUAUGUUCAAGCUUACAUUACUGAGAUGACGUGUGCAAAAAUUAGCAACUUCCAUGAUGUGCGGAAAUGGCCAAUGCCACCAUGAACCGUUGGACAACUGGACAAAAAUGGUCACAGACGCACA